AUGACUGCUACACUUAGAAUGCUCGCUUAUGGAGUAGAGGCUGAUUUUGUGGAUGAAUAUGCAAGGAUUGGAGAAAGUACUGCAAUGAAAAGGUUAAAAAAAAUUGUUAAAGCAGUGGUUACAAUUUUUUCUGAUGAGUAUUUGAGAUCACCAAACAAAAAUGACAUUGCUAGAUUGCUAACAAUUGGCCAAAGUCAUGGAUUCCCUGGGAUGUUGGGGAGCAUUGAUUGUAUGCAUUGGAAAUGGAAGAAUUGUCCAACUGCAUGGAAAGGUAUGUAUUCUGGUCAUAUUCAUGAACCUACAAUUAUUUCAGAAGUAGUAGCAUCAUAUGAUCUUUGGAUAUGUCAUGCAUUUUUUGGGUUACCGGGGUCUCAUAAUGACAUCAACGUGUUAGAACGAUCUUCUGUAUUUACCAAGCUUGCUGAAGGGCGUACUCCUUCUGUCAAUUACUCAAUCAAUGGUAAUGAUUAA